AUGGCUGUAGCACGAUUUCUAUCACGUGGUGGUGGGUUUCUCAGCCAGCAGGGAGACUCGAGCUUAAAAGAUGUCGGGCUCGAUGCCAUUUGUCCCUCGCAUUACAACAGGACGACUGCUGAUUUCGUGCACCGCUACCUCGCCAAGACCCAACGAAACACGCAGCAGGCCCUCGAUGGAAUGCGACACAAGUCGCUGGCAAUCAUCUGCGAUGCCUCUCCGAAGGCGAAGCACGAUGUAUGGUUGCCAGUCUUCGGGCUUCCAAAUCAUCUCAGUGUCGGUACAUUACAGAGAUUGUCGACAUUGCUACCGAGCGGUGCCACGGCACCUCAGAAGCUGGGGGUGGCAAGCCUGGUGGCCGAGAGCCACACGAAGGCCGUGCUGGCUGAACCCGCGACCAAGCAGGACAAAAAGAAGCUGCCCCUCGCAGCACUUAGGCCCAAAGCACUCAAUGCUCUGAAAGAAGAUCGCUUGGCUGCCAAGCAGGAGCUAAAGGCUGUGUCCAACGNNGGACUUAGCUUGGACGACAUUUUUCCGAGCUGCCCCUGUGCUCCUGUAGAUGCGGAGAACGAAGAACGAGCACACCACACUCUGAAUGAUGAGGUGUUGUCUUUCGUGGUCAAAAGGGAUACCGGGGCGAGCAGAUGGGACACAGUUGUGGAGGGCCAAGGCUGCAACAGCCUCCGGCUCAUACUGUGCCCAGAUCAGGGCGGCCCCUUGUACUCAGCCUACCAAUUCCUCGCACACAACGGUGCCAAUGUGGGAUUUAUUCGCGACGAAUUGCACAAGCUCCACGCUCACAUGGGUCGUGUGACAUCUUGCAGCCCGAUGAUCAAAAGAAUGACACUGUUGAGUGGAUGGCUCUUCAGGGCCAAAAAAAGCCCCUGGAACACCAGCAACUUUGCCUCUACCCUGAAGGAGGCUCAUCAAGAUGAUGUAUUGAUGGAGCUUUUCAGCAGGGAUANNACUAAGCUUCAUAAGUCGAAGAACGGCCUCCCCCACACCUCCGAUGCGAAGCUGAACUUCGAGAGGACAAUUGAUAUCCUGGGCAAGACGAUGAAGUACAACAGCGAGUCCUUCUCGUGGUCUCGAUGGUGUUCGUGGGCCCACACGGCAGUGGGCAAAAACCCGCUGAACAUGGAUGCGAUAAAGAAAGAGAGUGAGUCUAGUCAAGACAAGACUGUGGAGAAGUGUGUCAAGGCACUCAUGGACGAGCUGCUCUUCUCCAUCUUCCGCUUCGCCAAGAAGGUGGUUAUGGACAUCAAGUUUCGCCGGAGCUCCACGUUUCAGACGGUGCUCCUGGAAUGCCUGGGUAUGUAUCUAGCUGCCUGCCACGAACUGCUAGAGUUCUUCCUUUACCUGAGGAGCUGCCCGAACCAAGCUGCUGCAUUGAUUGCUCCGGAUGCAGACUCUGAAAUGAAAGGUCGCAUUUUGAACGAGAUGCGAGCUGAAUGGCAGAUGGUUGUUCGACUUGAGAGCAGCCAGGUGACGGCAUCCGACUUGCACGACAAUUGCCGAUAUGUCUGCUUUCAGAGCUACCGCGAGCUGAUGUCUGUAUGGGAGAAGCAUCAAUGGAAGUUGCACCCAGAGGCCCUCAGCCUCACUUUGGCCUGGAUGCCAGAGGUCGCAUGGUCAUCGAACAUCGAGUCCUUGUUUAAGGAAAUGACAUCGGCAGUCCGCCGGUCGGGUUCAGCAGAUGUGGGCAGUCUCCCCAACCUCAUGGCAGUGGCCAUCCGGGGGCUUCAUCGUCGACUGUGUGUCGGCGAUUCCACGCCUGAGCCUCUCAAGCUCAGUAAAGAAGACUGGGCUGGAGCCCAGAUCCCCGCUUUAAAGGCGAAGAUCUUCAGCCCCACGUCUGCCCCCACGCAAGGGCGGGACCUCGCGAAUGAGAUGCAGUUCUUCUGGGUGCCCGCUUUGCAGCUCACGGAGCUGUCCUACAGCUUCAGGGGCCCCCUGCCCCAGAUGGAGACGGACGAGACCCGAAUCCCCACAGAUGCCGUGUGCAUCGACGAUCCCUUGUCAGAGGGCCAGAGCACCCCUGCACUGACAUUGCAGAUUGGGAGGAAUCUAGUCCAGAAGCUGCUCGUGAAGGCGGACGAGGCCCUUCGACGAUUGAUUUCGAGUCUUGAUGAGGGGUUGUUGGGCACGGCAGACUGUAAAUAUGAAUCCAAGGUGCGGUUUUAUGGCUACACGAUCCACCUGUGCGAGCCCGCACUAGCCGCGAAAUGCGGCACGAACCUCAUCUUGCGACGGGGCUCGCAGGAUUUCUCUUUGAUGGCCUGGUUGGUGGAAUCGAGGCAUAUCAUGAAGCUUACGGUCGCCAACUUGAUGAGUUUCAUGGAAGCCUCGGGCAUCCGAAUGCCGAAGAACACCACAAAAACACAACGCAUCAAGAGAAUUCUGGCAAUGGACAGCAUCCAGAACGAGUGCACAAAAACGAAGAUCGACGAGGUCUUGAAGAUGCUUGAGAAGCAGGAGGAGAGAAGAAAGAAAAAAGAAGAAGAGAAAGCGACCGAGCCGGCUGAAGAGGGCGAGAUCCAGUGGGACGAGCUGGAGGAAGAUGCUGCGACGAAUGCUUGUCGGCAGCUGCUUGUUGGGCAGAUGGACGACGAGGAAGAUGAAGAUGCUGAGGAGGUCUUCCGCUUCGGAAUUGCAUAG